GGAAAUCGAUAUGUGAAUUGUUAAAAUCAAGCUUUUGUCAUUCACGAAGCACAUACGUUUAUUAAUUUAUUAUAAUUGUUAUCGUAAUCUUAAAAGUUACAACUUAAAAGGUGUAAGUGUAAGUCUUUAAAACCUUAUUUGAUUUUUUAGUUUAUCUUCAAUUAUGAAGUUCACUUUAGUUAUAUUUAUAUAUCAAUAACAUAUCAUUCAAACUCAUCCUCAACAGUGGGACAACAGUUACAAAGCGCAAAGUUUGAAGUAAAAACAUACUAUACUGUGACUGUAAUAACUGUAUAAGUAUAACCGUAAUUUUAGGCAUUAGACUGUAGGUUACAGAACUCUAGUGAGUGUGGGUAAAAAAAUAAAUAAUUAUUAAUAGAUACUUUGGUAAAAAAUUUAAACAUUUUGUAAAAAAAAAACAAUGGCACAGUUGAAUAGAGCUAAUUUUUUACAUAAUUAUAACACCAAAAUCAUAUUUUUAGCUGUUGUAGUUUUAAAGUUAUGAAUUUUUAAAGUACGACUUGGUUUGUCAUUUUUUAACAUGGACUGCAUCUCCACAUUCUGUGACCUCAUUCCACUGAUCGCGUCAUGCGCAAUGACUAUAUUGUUUAUAUAAGGCAACGCAUUCCCUAUCACUAAAAUACUGUUUAGGGUCGACUUAUUUUAAACUUUCAACUUUGGCACAUGAAUAAUUAAUUAAAGCUUUCCCUGACUAAUGGUUUAAUAGAUUUUGCACACGGCAAACUCUUAUGAAUGAAACUCUGAGAUAGUACUACGAUAUAGCCGUUAUGCAAGUGGCUGUGAAUGGUUGCCAAUGACAACGUGUUGCACAGGGAAAAUUCUGAUCAUUUAUAAUAUGGACUCUGCAGGGUUUUUAAAGCUCAAAUUAAAACAUUCCAGUUUAAAUGUCUUCAAAAUGCAUUCUGAAACACAAAAUAUAAAAUAUUUUGAUGUAUAUAGUGGUAAUAAUUAAAUAUUUCCUAAGUAUCAGCAACUUCCACCAUUAAAAAGGGGGCGUGGCCCACGCCAUGUCGAAAUUAGGCUGAGCCAACUUAUGGUGAUAUGGGUCACUGUGACAAGCAUAACAAACGUGAGACACGACCUACAUCAAUGAAACUUGGCACAGAUAUAGAUCAAUAUCUAAUGCUCAUACAGAUUUAAUAAAAAGGACCUUAUCUUAUUAUUUCACAAAAAUUUUUUAAUGCGAAGAUGUCUUAUAUAUACCAAAGAUUUUCAAAAUAAAGGUCGAUUGAAAAAAGCAAAAUAGCUGGCUAGAAAUGUAGGCCAAGAUGUCUACCAAAUUAUAAGGCCGGAAACGGAACUCAAAUAUAUGUCGAAAGAACUAAUUUAAUAAUAGACACACACAUCGGAAAAUUAAAAACUCUGAUUUUUCGGCGCCGACGUCCAUUUCCGAUACAAAAAAAAGUAGUAGUCUCCCUUGUUUCAUCGAAGUAUCUAUAAAAUAAUAAUAAAAAACAGUUGUAUAAAGCAAACUUCUAAUAAAUGAAGGUAAUCUACCACUUUAAUGUUGAUGUCGGCUAUUCAAAAACCCAUUUAUUUCUGGUCAGAAUUCACUGAAGUAUUAUUUUACAGGAAAUACCACCACUGGGGAUAGUGAAGAGAGGGCCACUGAGUUUUUGCUGGCAUUGAAAAAGAGGGUGGGCUGACAUGUGAUCACUGUACAGGAGUAUAUAAAGAGAGAUAUCCUAAAUAAUCCUAAAUGGUUAGUGAUAUUUAUGUAGUUAACAUAAAUCAGAUCAGACAUGGAAUCUACUAACUCUCUGUUGUGGUCCACGGAAAAAACUUCGUAGAUCCAAAUGUUGCUGUCAGUGUCACUGGUGUACACACACACAAUUUUAUGUAGAAAAUAUGUGGAUGCGCACAUAGCACAAAAAGACAGUUCGGCACCACCAGUGCUGUUGUUAUUUCCUUCAUUGUUACACCCAUUGGGGGAAGAGGGGGGGGGAGACAAUGAUAAACUCAAACAUUCAUUAAAUUGUUCUAGUUUAAAAAAUGUCUUGGUGAGAAUAUUUAUGGAUGUGCUGAAGUGGAUAUGUACGAUUUUAUCUAAAAAAAAUUCCAUUUAUUUUGAUUAUUAAAAGAAUCUUAUCUCAUUAAUUAAAGAAUACCAUUAAAAUAGCUAUUCAGACCCCGAAAAAACACAAUUUUUGAGUAGCCGACGCUGGAGUGGUAGAUUACCUUAUGGACAUCAACUUUCAAGUUAUAGACUCUUAUGUUUUAGUAGUUUUAGAGCUAUGAUUUUUUUUAAAUAUGAUUUGUGAGCUGCAAGUAUUUUUUUUUUUACUAUGAAAUGAAUGGACCACACCUUCACAUUUUGUGAAUCAGUUCUUGUUUUUUUAAUUGUGGACCUUUGCUUUAUUAAAUAAUAACUUUAAAAAUAUUACAAUUUCUUCCUAAUGCUUGUUUGUUGAUGUUCUUUGUCUUAUAUAAAACCUAUAAACUCAUUGGAGGCCAUAAAUGGCAUAAUUUCAUUCCACCGCUUCUAGAAUUAGUUGUCUGGUUUUAGCAUAUAAGACUUAAUUUUACAGUAUAGCAGGUAUAAUAAGAAAUUAAAAUCUAGACUACCACAGAUUUAAUAAAAUAAAGACUUUUUAUCCCUCUAAGUCAGUGCUGUCGAACCCAGGGACCUAUGCACCCUGCGCACUGGUUUUAAAUGGCCAGAAACAGCUUGAGAAUUUUUUUUGAUGUGUGUAAAAAAUAAAACAUUUUAGGAGGAAGAUAUUUAAAACAACAGUCUUUGAUUUAGUAUUGUUGUUAAAUUGCAUGGCAGCACAGGAGAAGUUGUAACAUGGGGAGGGGAAGUGGCCGGGGGGGGGGGGGGCGGCUCACAAAAGCUGAGGAGGGGGAGGACUUCUUGACGGGUGGCAGUAAUUUAUGUUAAGCACAUCAGCAGAGCAACCAUUUAGGAAUCUGGGAGAACAUAAAAUCAAAUACUGUCUUCUCUUUUUUUCUGUUGCUUGCACAGGGCAGUCGUUGUGGGGUAUGGGGAUAUUACUAAAAGCGUUGAGAAACCAAAAGUAACCUCACCAACAGAACCAAGUUAGAUGAAAUAUUUGAGCACCGCUAUUUAAAUAUUGCUUUUUGUAGGAUGAUUAUAUGACAGGAAAGUCCUUGGGGUCAGAUGGGAGUUGGUUUACUAUAGGUGUCACUAAUGACUACUCUGGGCAGUUUGGACCAUUUAUGGUACCAUGUUAUUUAAACAGGUAGUCUAGCCAGGUAUGGGAGAGCUUAUGUCCAUCCUGUAUUGUUGUGACAUUAAGGAUAAGUACCUGGUAUUCAGAGAUAGAAUAUAUGUUUGUUUUAAUUAGUGCAAUUCUGUCAAGUAAAAAUUGUGAGAGAUAGUAAUCUUUCUUUUGAGAGAUCAUGUGCGGCCCACUGAGUCAAAAAGGUUGGAUAGCACUGCUCUAAGUUUAAGUAUCAGCUCUCAUUUUUUGAAAAUGAAUGAGCCAAUUGUGAAAGUCAAUAUACUAUAUGCCAAUACCAGCACAAGCAAAAACUUUAAUUAAAUAAAAGUGGUCCAAAUAAUGUUUUAAUAAUUUCAGUUAUUCUUAAGGGGCCUCAAAGAAAAUAGAAUACAAAUAUUUAUAAAUAAUUCAAAUUUUUAAACAUUAUUAUUCUUGCAGGUAUAUAAAACAACUUAAAAUCAAAUCCCUACAAGAAUGGCCACAGCAAAUGAGGAUCGAAGUAGAAAUAUACAAAAUAUUCCACACACUGCAUUAUUGAAACAUCAGACAUCCCAGCCAUCCAAAGCACCGGACCAGGCUAAAGUUUUAGUCAUUUAUACUGGUGGCACAAUUGGAAUGGUCAGCCAGAAUGGAGGUGAUUUUAUCCUUAAAAAUAAUGGAUCACAUGAGUUUAAAGGAGGAUAAAAAAAAUACUUCAUGCCUGCAGAUUAAAGAAAACUAUGUAACUGUAUUAAAAGAUAUGUGGCUAAUUAUUUGUGUUUUAAAAUGUUCUUAAAAUGUAAUUAUAUACAUGUGUUUUACUUCUAUCACCCUUUCAAUAUAGCUUAUGAACCAAAACCUCAUGUCAUGAUUGAUAAACUGCGAGCAAUGCCAAUAUUUCACUCUGCUGAUGCUAUGCAUAUUUUAACACCAGAGCAGGCUGAACACUUUUUAGUUUUACAGUAAGUGAGAAUAUCCUAGUUCAAAUCAAAUGUAUUCAUUUAAAUUGAAGAUCUAGUUAUCUUUUUCCAUGCUCUUAUAUUAACUUUGUUACAAUUUGAGCCCUUUUAGCACGGAUGUUAGGAGGUCACAAACUACGAACACCCUACCCACCUUUGUUCUUUUUUUUUGCACAUUAACAUAAGUCUUAAGAUUUUUGCAUUAUAUAUAAUAAUAAUAAUAAAGUUCAUUUCAAAAACACGCUUCAUCCCUAAUUAAGGCUGAGUCAACCAUAUGUGACAAUUUAUAUUUUCCCACAAAGAAAAUACAAAAUGCAACAAUGCAAAAUCUACAUCGAGGGAUAUGACCGAGAUGGAAACAAGGAGGUAGAAUACAUCACCCCAGCAGAAUAUGAAUAUUCUGAUGAUGAAUUUACUUGUCUAUCUGCUGUGAUGUAGUAUUAUUUACUGUUGCUUUGUUUUCAGACCCUCUGUUAGAACACGAAGACAUCUGAUAUAUCGUGUCAUUGAAUUUGAACCAUUGCUUGAUUCUUCAAACAUGUCAUUCUCAGACUGGAUCAAAAUUGCAGAUUGUAUUAAGGUAGAUAGAUAUAUAUUCAAUUUAUAAAAAGAGGGCUUGUGUUUUUUUCCCAAUUUAGCAUACAUAGUUGAGCAGACUGCCAGACAGCUAUGAAAUUUUGUUUAAAAUGAACAUUUAUCACAGUAGUGUACAGGUAUUUAGUUUCCGUAAUACUGAGAAGCAUUUUAGUUUUAUAAAUGAUCAAUACGACAUAUAAACAUAGUUGCUUUGCUUUAUUUAGCAUCUCAUAUUUAUACAUGUCUCACAAUUGUUUCUAUUUGGAUUGAAACUUUCAGAAAUGUUAAACAAGUCAUGCAUGUGUAAUGACAAUCAUUCAAUCAUCUCAAAUGCAAUAAUAAUUUUGAAUACUAUCACUUUACAACAGGACAACUAUCAUGACUUCGAUGGAUUUGUUGUUCUUCAUGGCACAGAUACAAUGGCCUACUCGGCAUCAGCUCUUUCAUUCAUGUGCGAAAAUCUGGGAAAACCAAUAAUUCUUACAGGAUCCCAGGUGACAUAAUAAGACAAAACAGUUCUUAUAAAACCAGGCUAUCGUCAAUGAAUAACUGGUCAGCUCUCAGUACGCAGCAGGUUUUUUCCUAAAAAUAAGGGAAUUAGUAGAACAGGACGUGUGAUAGUUUGAGUGGUAAAAACAGAACAUGUGAUAGUUUGAGUGGUAAAAACAGGACGUGUGAUAGUUUGAGUGGUAAAAACAGAACAUGUGAUAGUUUGAGUGGUAAAAACAGGACAUGUGAUAGUUUGAGUGGUAAAAACAGGACAUGGGAUAGUUUGAGUGGUAAAAACAGGACAUACGAUAGUUUGAGUGGUAAAAACAGGACAUGUGAUAAUUUUAAUUGGAAAAAACAGGACUAUCAAAAGAAUGCUUCAGCUGAAUGCCUUCAUCAGCUGACAAAACAACAAAGAGUUAAAUGGAAGUUAGCCUGCUGGGGGCUGGAAUAAUAUGGUAGUGAUGGCAGUUGUCCAAAAAACCAAAAUGUAUGUGUUAUUAAGGAAAUUACAUGCUGUUACGGUCAAAUGCAAAUACAAGGGUAGUCUCAGGAUAAGUACUGGAACAGAAGAAGUCCAUCAUUUCAGUUUUCCCUAUUCAGAUACUCUUCAUAGGACUGGCAGAGGUGACAUGUUCUAAGAAGUUGUGAGAAAGGUAUGGAUUCAUUCCAUGACUUGGGUCGGAAAGUACAUUUUGAAAAUUUAGCAUUUAACUCCACCUAAAUACUUUUAAUGCGCGUAACCUCAUUGGUAAAAACAAAUCUUGGUUAUGGACACCUUUCUGUCACAACUAUAUCAUUCAAACUUCCACAUAUCCCAUUCUACUAUUUCCUCCCACACAGUUUGAAAGCAGUUCAUUCUGAAAAUUAACAGUUAUGUGAUCAUAAUUAAAUUCCUUACUAAUGUUGUGAAGAUCAUGUGUCAUAAUUUUAUUAAAAGAUGUUACAUAUUUAAAAUAUUAUAUUAAAAUCUGCAUUGUGGACAAUAUAAUUUUUCUUACUUUUGUUGUUGUUGCAGAUUCCAAUAUUUGAAACAAGAAGUGAUGGA